UAUAGUCUUAGAGGCAGAAUGAGUUCGCGGGAAAAUAAAUGGAUUCUCAUAGUAUAAGAUUUGUUAUAGUUAGUGUUAACGUUUAGCUAGCCAUAUAUCUAAAAAAAUAAUGAACGUAUGUUGGAUAGUUUGAGUUCUGACAACUUGAAAGUCCCGCAUUCAAAGGUGGAACGUUUCGUGGCUAGCUUGCUAGCUACUGUAGCGUUAUUGGCACCAAUUCAUUGGUUAAUCGUAGCCAGAAUAAGCAAUCUUUUGUACCGAGACAAAGAGCUCACCUCUAUUGCUUGCUAGCUAGUUGUGUAACGUUUUAAUACUUGUCGUUUUGAAAAUGAGUUUAUUUAAUUUGGACCGGUUUCGUUUUGACAAUAAUAAAACAACGUCAAACCAGGACAAAUACACCGGUUCCGUAAGUCCAGAGUCAGAAAAGGAGAAUAAACCAGCACGAGUAACAACACCAAUAGCUAACCUUGGAAAAUAUGGGCGAGGAGUAGUGUUUGAAGAUAUCAUCAGUGACCCUGAUGACGAUUUGGCAAGUGAUUCGAGGAGGGAUAAAUUAACGAAAGUGGUGCAGGAACCAGUGAAGCUAGAGGUAAGAGAGAUGACUGAGCCAUAUGAUGAGGAAGACCAAGUUGACAAGGCGCUGGAAGAGAGACUGGACAAACUGCAGGAAAUAUUCCCUAAAAGAAACAGGAAGGAGUUGUUGGAGGUGAUUGAAAGCACAAGCACUUUAGAUGGUGCCGUAGCCUCAUGCCUGAUGAUGUUUGGUGACAAAGACUCAACGAGGAAGAGGAAACCGGACGGAUCCAGCAGUUGUCGAGACAAAGAUGUGGUCCAGCAGCCCAGCAAGAGGAGGAGAACGUCUCUGGCUGAAGACUCUGAAGAGGAGGGCGCAGAGCCCAGCUGGGAAAGACAGGAGACCAUGGUUAGGAAACUGCAGAGGAAAUUCCCUGACCAGGAUAAGGAAGAACUCAGGGCUGUGCUCCAGGAACAUGAGUGGAACGUAGCCGACGCCUUGGAGGCGCUUCGCAUGUUCUCUGACCCAGAGGAAUACUCCAGCUCCCCUGAAGUCAAGCAAAAGGAACCCAAAGCCAAGAGCGACACCAAACCAAGCAACAGCAAGAGUGACACCAAGCCAAGCAGAGAGUCCAAGGACGGCAUGGAGGAAGCCAAGCCAAGCAGGGAGUCCAAGGACGGCAUGGAGGAAGCCAAGCCAAGCAAAGCUUCCCCUCUGAAAUGGAUGUUCAAGAAAUUUGCCCCUGAAUCCAAACCUACCUCCUCUUCAAAUUUGCAGAGCCUGAAGAUGUCCAACGGGACCAGCAUGGCUCGAAAGGAGGCAAUGGAGAGGAAGAGGAAGGCCUCUGACGAGAGGGCCAGCAGCUCGGAGGGCGAGGACGAGGAGUCGACCAGCAGCGAGUUUGAGGGCGAGGACGAGGAGCUGGACUCUGGGGCGGAAGACGAGGGCACAUCCACGCUACAAGGCCAGAUCCUGCUCUUUUUCCAGGAGGCCUCGCUGGACGAGCUGUCCCUCAUCACCGGCUGUUCGGUGAAGAAAGCCAAGAAGAUCGUGGAGCUGCGGCCUUUUGCUUUUUGGCACAAGCUGAAGGAGCAGUUCCACAAGGAGAAAGGCCUGUCUGUGGAGCUGCUGCUGGGCUGCAGGGUGGUGUUGAGGGAGAGAGCCGUGGUCCGGGGUCUCAUGUCCAAGUGCCAGAACAUCUCGGGCAAGAUGGUGAAGGGAGUCAGCCAGGUCAUCGACAACGGCAUGGGCUCCAUGACCCAGCCCUCCAUCCUCAACAGAAAGUUAAAAUUGAAACCCUACCAGUUGAUUGGGCUGAAGUGGCUUCUCCUGCUGCACCAACACAAGCUGAGUGGAAUCCUGGCUGAUGAGAUGGGUUUGGGAAAGACCAUCCAGGCCAUAGCCUUCCUGGCCAGGCUGUACCAGGAUGGCAUCAAAGGCCCCCACCUCAUCACUGUGCCCGCCUCCACCCUGGAUAACUGGGUUCGGGAGCUGAAGCUGUGGUGCCCCAGUCUCAAGGUGCUCGUCUAUUACGGCUCUGUGGAGGACCGUCAGUAUCUGCGACAUGACAUCUUGAAUAAUCGGGUGGACUUCAACGUCAUCGUGUCCACAUACAACCUGGCCAUCGGCAACGACAGCGACCGCAGUCUCUUCCGCAAGCUCAAACUGAAGUACGCCGUGUUUGACGAGGGCCACAUGCUGAAGAACAUGAAGUCCCUCCGUUACCGCCACCUCAUGGCCAUCAAUGCUGAGCACCGGUUGCUCCUGACCGGCACCCCUGUGCAGAACAACCUGCUGGAGCUGAUGUCGCUGCUCAACUUCAUCAUGCCCUCCAUGUUCUCCAGCAGCACCACGCAGAUAGCCAAGAUGUUCUCCAUGAAAUCCCACGAGGAGCAGAGUCGUUUCGAGAGGGACCGCAUCGCCCAGGCUAAGCUCAUCAUGAAACCUUUCAUCCUCAGACGAGUCAAGAGUGAGGUUCUUAAGCUGCUGCCAGCAAAGGAGGAGAAGUUGGUAUUCUGCCCAAUGAGUGAGAAGCAGCAGCAGCUUUACCAGACCAUGGUGGGCAGGUUCAAGAAGUCUGCCAUCGGAGAGAAGAGAGAGCUGUGCAACGUGAUGAUGCAGCUGAGGAAGAUGGCCAACCACCCUCUGCUCCACCGGCAGUACUACACCACAGAGAGACUGGAGGCCAUGAGUAGCCUCAUGCUCAAGGAGCCGACCCAUUUUGAUGCAGACCCAGUGCUGAUCCAAGAGGACAUGGCUGUGAUGUCUGACUUUGAGCUCCACAGGCUGUGCCAGCAAUACUCGUCCUUGGACAAAUACCAGCUGGACAAAGACCUUCUACUGGACUCUGGGAAGUUUCACCUGCUCCAGACACUACUUGCCACGCUCAAGACCAAGGGAGACCGAGUAGUGCUCUUCAGUCAGUUCACCAUGAUGCUGGACAUCUUAGAGAUUCUGCUCAAACACCUGGGCCACCGCUACAUCAGACUGGACGGCUCCACGCCCAUAGCAGACAGGAUCGUGCUGAUUGAUGACUACAACACGGACCCGGAAAUCUUUGUGUUCCUGCUGUCGACGCGGGCGGGCGGCCUGGGCAUCAACCUGACCUCGGCCAACGUGGUCAUCAUGCACGACAUCGACUACAACCCGUACAACGACAAACAGGCUGAGGACCGUUGCCACAGACUAGGGCAGACCAGGACAGUCCAGGUGAUCAAGCUGAUCCAGAAGGACACCAUAGAGGGCUGCAUGCUGCAGCUGGGUCAGAAGAAACUCAAACUGGAGCAGGACAUGACUGCUGCCGAGGAGGGUGACGAGGGCACCAUACCCGAGGACAUGGCCUCUCUGCUCAAAGCAGCACUGGGCCUGUGAGGACCUGGGAUCCAGCCUGGAGCGUCACCCCCCCCCAGGCGCCACCGAUUUGACUGAAACUUGCCCCGGAUACUUGAAUCCUCCUCCUGGAACUUUGCGUGUCUCCCUGCUCACACCACCCAUGAGACACAGCUGUCCACUUCCAACAGUCUGGAAUAGAGAUGAUGUGAAUUGUCUUGAAUGGAUUGUUUGCCCCUGUUGACAGUGUUGUUGAGGGCACUCUGCUCCGUGCAGAACUAGGGAUGUAUUCAUUAGGAACCAAACGAAAGCAAAAGGCCCAAAACGGGGAAGGACUAACCUGAACUUGUCCAUUUUAAGAAAUGCUCGUUUUUGUUGCGGUUGUACUGUAAAACCCAUGUCAAAGCUGUUACUUGGCCUUUGUAUUGUUUUUGUAUGUCCUUGUUGCGACAUCAGGGUUUGUCGAAACAUUAAAUAAAGAUUUUAAUAUUUAA